GCAGUAAUGCAACAACAUGGCUGCCACCCGGAUGAACACCGACUGAAGAAGAAGAAGACACCCUGAAAACCUCAAAUCAGUUGCGGACGAAGCUGCCUGCAUCAUCCGCUGCCUGAGCCAGGACCAGGACCGGAACAGGACCCGAGCAGGACCCGAGCAGCCGGAGAGAAAAUGGCGUUCACAUUCGCGGCCUUUUGUUACAUGCUCGCUCUGCUGCUCACCGCGGCGCUCAUCUUCUUCGCCAUCUGGCAUAUAAUAGCAUUUGAUGAGCUGAAGACUGAUUACAAGAAUCCUAUAGAUCAGUGUAACACUUUAAAUCCGCUGGUUCUCCCAGAGUAUCUCAUCCACUUCUUCUUCUGCGUGAUGUUCUUCUGUGCAGCCGAGUGGCUCACCCUCUGUCUCAACCUGCCGCUGCUGGCUUAUCAUGUCUGGAGGUAUAUGAGCAGACCUGUGAUGAGCUGUCCAGGACUCUACGACCCGACGACCAUCAUGAACGCCGACAUCCUGGCGUUCUGUCAAAAAGAGGGCUGGUGCAAACUGGCUUUCUACCUCCUGUCGUUCUUCUACUAUCUCUACGGGAUGAUCUACGUUCUGGUGAGCUCUUAGGCCGGGCGGUGACGGAGGAGGACCUGCAUGUACAGUAGACGACCAGACACUAUGAUCUUAGUGCUGGAACGCUGGAACACUGGACCUGCUGGAGAAGACCACCAUUCAGCAACACUAGACGCCAUUUCUAGCGGACGAACUCUCGACCCCCCCCAAACACAGCGCAGAGUGUCAUUUCGGAAACAUUUAGCCUCGGUCUCGGCGUUCCUCUCAUAGCACUAUAGUUCAAAAUUUUAUGGAACAUGAAGACAAACCUGAACGGACGUGUUUUUUUUUUUUCCUGUUUUUAUUUUACAUUUUGUGGUGAUUUAUAAAGUUUUGGGAUUGAAAUAAAGUUUUUUCCAUCUUGGUUCCAAACUUCUGAGUGUUUACAGGUUAGGUGAGACUUUUUCAGGUGUGCAUUAUUAUCUGUGAGGAUCUGAGCUGAGUGCAUUAGAUUUAGAUUCUUUUGCUUUAACGGCCGAUUUCUACCCGCUACAUGAUUCAUUAUCAGUCAAAGAAAAUGCAAACUCGACGCCUGCUUUUCGCCCUCAGGUGCAUGAAGGUCUUAAUGUGAGCAUCUUUUUGGGAUUUGGAGGUACAGGUGUGUUCAGUGAGGGCUGAAGCCGUGGGUUAUUAUCACUUAGUGAAGCAUUGCACAGGGACAAUCAUCGCCCGGUUGUUACCACAUGUUUUCAGAUUAUCUGUUGGGUUUCUUUCCAAACUUCAGACCUUUUUAUCAUCACGUUGAAGUCAUGUAACCCUGUUAGAAACAUCAGUGGCAGUAUGUGUUUUCUGAAGUGUGAAUCCAGAGUAGACAGCGACGUGUGUGUGACCUGUGUUUCUGUAGAACCGCCCUCGCAGCUAUGAAAAGGUAGACUCAACAGUAAAUAUUUUGAAGCGAUAAAUGCUUAAUUUUCUGCUUUCUGCUGAGCUUUGGUAGGAAACUGCUGACGUGCCAUACUGUUGAUUGUACCUUUUUUUUUUAAAUUCCUCAGUGUGUUUUUGUCUCGUUCAUUUCAUCACCAAAUAUUCCACAGCGUUAGGAACUCCAGUGUUUUUAUUUAUUCUGUGUUUACUUUGACUUUAUAAAUGUCUCCAGGAUAUCAAGCACUCCUCGCAGCGCGGGGUCGUUUCCAGAAUCAAAUCUGGAAGCAGAUUCUUUUUGUUGAGGCCGUUUAGACGAAAUUCAGAGUAUUUAUCGCCAUUUCUUCAAAUGUGUGAAUUCAUCAGGGAAAGGGAGAUCAUUUGUCAAGGGUAAACUUUAAUUUUGAUGUAUUAGAUCCCUUAAUGUCACAUCUAGGAAACGACAUCUUGAGUUUAUUUGAAUCUAAAUAAAAAAUAUCCCACUCUGUUACUGUG